AUGACAGAAAUAAACAAGGACAUACAUGUAGUUUUAAGAGGGCCUGGAAAAUACCUUUCUGUGAUUACAGGAGGGCCUGGAAAAUACCUCUCUGUGAUUACAGGAGGGCCCGGACCAUACCUUUCUGUGAUUACAGGAGGGCCCGGACCAUACCUUUCUGUGAUUACAAGAGGGCCUGGAAAAUACCUUUCUGUGAUUACAGGAGGGCCCGGACCAUACCUUUCUGAGGCCCGGAAAAUACCUUUCUGUGAUUACAGGAGGGCCCGGACAUACCCUUCUGUGAUUACAGGAGGGCCCGGACCAUACCUUUUUGUGACUACAGGAGGGCCCGGACCAUACCUUUCUGUGAUUACAGGAGUGCCCGGACAAUACCUUUCUGUGAUUACGGGAGGGCCCGGACAAUACCUUUCUGUGAUUACAGGAGGGCCCGUACCAUACAUUUCUGUGAUUACAAGAGGGUCCGGACCAUACCUUUCUGUGAUUACAGGAGGGCCCGGACCAUACCUUUCUGUGAUUACAGGAGGGCCAGGACCAUACCUUUCUGUGAUUACAGGAGGGCCCGGACAAUACCUUUCUGUGAUUACAGUAGGGCCCGUACACUACAUUUCUGUGAUUACAGGAGGGUCCGGACCAUACCUUACUGUGAUUACAGGAGGGCCCGGACCAUGCCUUUCUGUGUGA